UGUUGGUUUUAUAUAAUAUGAUCACAUGUCUCACAAUCAAUUUUGCUUGUUAGGUUUCAGAUCUAAUUUGUAUGAUAUGUCCAUAUCUUUGACUAAUAAUUAUUAUUUGGUUAUUGAUAUUGAGAAAUGUUUUCUAUUAGGUAUUUAUAACAUAGGUACUACUAGCUAUAACAGCUAGUUAUAACUAGUUACAGCUAUUUAUAAUCCUAUUAAUCUCCAAUUAUAGAAGGCCCCACAUUCAAGAAAAUUCAGGGGAGCAUUAAGUAUUUUUACCUUAAAAAUAACAUGAUUUCAACUGUAACUACACCAAUAAUAUAUUAUCAAGGAGUAUCGAUUUAUAAAAUUCUAUAAAAUUAUAAAUUAUCAAAUUCAAAAAUUACAGUUGAAGAUGAUAAAGGGUUAGACCAUAGGUGCAAAUUGACUACAUUUUUUAUGGGGACUCAAGCCCCCUACCCAUGGGCCAAAUUGCUUAGUACCACAGAAUAUAAAAAUUAGUACUAAUAACUAGAUUUUGAACUGGGGGGACAUGACCGACAUUUAGGGGAACUAAGUCCCUCCAGAACCCCCCCCCCCCCAUUUUCGUUAAUGGUUAAGACCUGUUAUCCCUUAAUUAUGGCCCCUUGAUGCUUAUUAAUGAACGACCCCACAGGACAGUGGGCCAGUCUGCCUCUGAGCUAUAGUGAUAGACACUAUUGAAUUUUUUAUAAUAAAAUUAACACUGGAAAAAUAAAAUAUGUUAUCUUAUCCUACAUAUUUUGAGCUUUAUCCUCGUAAAUUGAUGACAUUAACUUUCAUAAUCAAAAAUGAUGAAGUCUUAUUGGGUAUGAAAAAUCGUGGUAUGGGAAAAGGUAAAUGGAAUGGAUUUGGCGGCAAAAAGGAACCCAAUGAAACAAUUUUUGAUGCUGCCAAACGAGAGGUAAAAGAAGAAUGUGGAUUGGAUGCCAUAUCUAUGAAAAAAAUUGGUAUUAUAGAUUUUGAGUAUAUUGGAUCAAAUGAAAUUUUGGAAGGCCAUAUAUAUUUAUGUGAUAAAUUUAAAGGUCACAUAGUUGAAUCAGAUGAAAUGGCACCAAUAAAGUGGUUCAAAAUUAAUCAAUUUCCAUUGGACAACAUGUGGGUUGAUCAUAAAUGUUGGUUUCCUAUGGUAUUAAAACAAAUUCCAUUUAAAGCACAUUUCAAGUAUUUAGAUGAUGAUACCAUCGUGGAUAGUACCAUCAAUUUAUUAAGCAUUCUCAAAAAGACCAAAGAAAUUUUGGUUAAUGUUAUUGUUAAAAAAGAUAACAAAAUACUUAUUUCUAAUAAUAUUGAAGAAUCUAAAAUCUUUACACAGCAUCAAAAAGUUACAAAAGGAGAGUCUUUGGAAAAUGUAGCCUUAAGAUAUUUAAAAAGUAAUUAUGAAAUAACUAUUGAUGAGGUACCAAAGAUGGCUGUUGUUAAUGUUGAACUCACUGAUAUCUAUUCUAAGCCAUCUAUAAUUCAAGAACUCCAUAUGUUUGUUUUGGACGUUUCAAAACUAAAAAAAUUUACAUUAACAAAUGAUCAUCGAUGGACCGAUAUAAACAACAUACCAUUUUUUACAGAUAAAAAGUUUUUGUCAACAUUAUUUAAGAUGAAACCAUUUAAAGCAUAUUUUCUAAUUAACAAUGAUGACAUUUUAUGCAGCAAAUAUUACAACAAUUAAUCAAUAUCAACUACAAUGUUAUUAGCUUACAAUUAUUUAAACAGUUUGGACUUAGAUUAUUUAGAUAUAUGGAGUGCUAUUUACAUUAAAUUUACAUCAUAUUGUGUA